UGGUUGGAAUGAUGACUACUAUGACCAUCUGUCCAGACAUCAUCAGUACUGUACAAGAGGGUGCUCCCGCUCCAGGGCCAUGUCGCCACGCCAAUGAGGCCUACGCUCUCCUGGACCUACUAUUAUCAACAUUCACACCACUGCAGGCUUUGUGCGGCGCGUCCGAAUGCUGCUGUGUCUAUCAAUUUGGGAAUGGCUCAUCUGUACCUGAAUGCCAGAUCGUCUAUCAACCCAUCUAUAACACAAAGGAGAUGAAGCAAAACAAGACAACCGUUGACCGGAUUGCGAAUAAUAUUGCGCAUAUCUUUCUACGUGAUAGGGCCCUUGUUGUCUACCUCUAAACUUGAGCAUGGUACGUGUCAGCAUUGGCAAUUUGCAAGAAACAAUCUCUGGUCUGAGGCUGCAAUCGCCGACCUAGAAUCGAAACCCAACUGCCUCAGCUAUUACGCAUAACACCGGCCAGUCGCUUCUAAAUCCGGUCUCCUUUAGACCGGGUCACAACGUUGAACCUCGUGCCUUGAUACUUCCAGGGCAUUGGCGUGUCUCUUGGCUGCUAGUGUUGCUUGCUUGAUCGUGUAUCGACUACAAGCGCCUACAAAUACCGAUCUACAUCCCUGCAUCCCGUGUCCAAAAUCGAGUUCCAUCAUGUCAUUAAAUGGGACAGCUACCCCGCCCGAGCAUUUCGUUACUAGAAGUCAAGGACGAAAAUGAACUGCCAAGGGUGCAUCUAUCGGUAUGGAAUAUAGCUAUAGAGCAAAUGGAGACCGAAUAUGACCUCCGUCUUGGCCAAGGAAACGCCAAAGAUUCUUCAUUUCGCAAUCGGACCCAGUGACUGGGGUAUUCAUAUAUGAGCAAGCAUUCAAACAACUUGCACUAAGGGGUUCAGCUGCAGAUACAGAUCCUGCGGGCAGCUUUGUGAUAUACCCUAAUUCUGAUGCGCAUGUCGAAAUUUUCUCGUCCGCUUUACACUGGAUACCUGCAUGAUCCGAACCACCUGCAACUCGGUGUGCUUUCGCGCGGCAGGGUUUGUGGAUAUCUGUCUCCUGGAACGCACGGCACCAAUCGGCCUUGUGGCCCAAAGAUCCUCGUCAAAAGACGUUGGGCGAAAUGGUCCUGAUCGCUGCCUUGGGAGGAGCUGAAAUAUUAUACAUUGAGAAGCUCUUGAUUAUUAGAAGACUUUGAUUUAUGAAGGGGCCCAUCGAGUGGAA